AAGUGUCCGGACUGGAAGGGGGUGAAAGUGACCGGACUGAAAGGGGGUGAAAGUGUCCGGACUGGAAGGGGUGAAAGUGUCCGGACUGGAAGGGGUGAAAGUGGUCCGGACUGGAAGGGGGUGAAAGUGUCCGGACUGGAAGGGGGUGAAAGUGUCCGGACUGGAAAGGGGGUGAAAGUGUCCGGACUGGAAGGGGGUGUGAAAGUGUCCGGACUGGAAGGGGUGAAAGUGUCCGGACUGGAAGGGGGUGAAAGUGUCCGGACUGGAAGGGGGUGAAAGUGUCCGGACUGGAAGGGGUGAGAAGAGUAGUCAGUGAUAGCCAGGGGUGGACAG